CCGGCCGGGGCGGGCCCCUCCGCCGCAUUAUAAGCUCCGGCGGCUGCCGCCGGCACCCCAGCGGCGAGCCCGGCCGUGCGAGCUAACCGGGGCACCGGCGUCUCCCAGCUCCCGUCCUCCGCCCCGCCCGGUGUGCUCUGAGGGGAGACCCGCCGUUUCCCUUCCCCGUCGCGGCUGCGUCCUUCCCGCCCCCCCCCCCCCCCGCCUUCAGCGGGAGCGGAGGCCAUGUUCCCCCCGAACUCCACCUGGAAUAUCUCCUUCGCCGGCUGCGGCUUCCUGGGGGUCUACCACAUCGGGGUAGCCAGCUGCCUGCAGGAACAUGCCCCCUUCCUCGUCGCCAACGCCAGGAAGGUCUACGGGGCCUCCGCCGGGGCGCUCACCGCCACCGCCCUCGUCAGCGGCGCCUGCCUCGGUGAGGCUGGCGCCAGCAUUAUUCGAGUGUCAAAAGAAGCCAGGAAGAGGUUCCUGGGCCCGCUCCACCCCUCUUUUAACUUGGUGAAGAUCAUUCGGAUCUGCCUGUCCAAGACUGUGCCAGAGAACGGGCAUGAGGUUGCCGCGGGACGUUUGGGUAUUUCCCUGACACGAGUCUCUGAUGGAGAGAAUGUGAUACUGUCGGACUUCAAUUCCAAGGAGGAACUGAUCCAGGCCUGUGUCUGCAGCACCUUUAUACCUGUCUACUGUGGGCUGAUACCUCCAACCUUGCGUGGAGUGAGAUACGUUGAUGGAGGGAUUUCUGACAACUUGCCACGGUAUGAGCUGAAGAACACAAUCACGGUGUCUCCAUUCUCUGGAGAGAGUGAUAUUUGUCCACGGGACAGUUCCACAAACAUGCAUGAGCUGAGAGUCACCAAUACAAGCAUCCAGUUCAACCUUCGCAAUCUGUACCGCCUCUCAAAGGCCCUGUUUCCUCCAGAGCCACAGGUGCUGCGGGAUAUGUGCAAGCAGGGCUAUCGGGAUGCACUGCACUUCCUGAAGAAGAAUGGUCUCCUUCAUCGUCCAAGUCCUGCCCGUCCUCUCCUUGCCAUAGAACCCCCCCCAGGAGAGAAGAAAGAGGAAGAAACAGAAGCUGAGGACCAACUAGAAGACAAUGCUGCCCUUGCUGUUGUUGAAGAGCACAUCUUUGAACACUUGCCUCCCAGACUGAACCAAGCUCUUCUGGAAGCUUGUGCUGAAAGAAGAAGUUUCCUGACUGGCAUCACCAACAUGCUGCCUAUACGUGUGGCCACAGCAAUGAUGGUCCCCUAUAUGCUGCCUCUGGAGUCUGCAGUUUCCUUCACUGUCAGGUUGCUGGAAUGGCUCCCAGAUAUCCCUGAGGAUAUCAGAUGGAUGAGAGAACAGAUGACUGAAAUCUGCAACUAUCUUGUGAAGAAAGCCAAGAAGAAACUGGGCAGCCACCUUUCAGCCAGGCUUUACUAUCACCUCGAGCUUGGAGGGCCUCAGAGCUUGCCACUUUCUUCCACACCAGCUUGUGGUGAAGCCCUGCCUAUGUGGAUGAGAAGCAACCGUUCCCUGUCUGAUGUCAUGAUGAAGUGGGAAGAGUACCAGCGCCAGCUGAUGCUGGGCUUACUGUGCAUCAACGUGGACAUGCAGGCCUCUCUCUUCCCUCGGGAAGGGUUUCAGAUAAAGCUUCCACCUCUAGACUGUGCGAAAGAGUGCCUGCCACUCUUCUGAGCCUGCUGCUGUGAAGGGAUGAGGGUGGGUGGGAAGGGGAGUGGAUGUAGGGUGGGACCAGUCUCAUCCCUCAGCAGCAGGCUGCCCUGUGCUCCUGAAUAUGCUGCAAAGGAGGUUCCCCCCGGGAUGGAGACUGGUGGAAUUGACAGUAGCCAUUUCUUGCCCACUGGGCCAGGCAAGGGAUCUCUGUGUUCAAAGACACACAUGGGCUGAUACCUUGCUCUAGACCUGUGUUGAUGCCUGGCCCUUGCCCGUGGCCAGGCUGAUGCUGACCCAGCUGGGCUCUCCCAAAUAAUGCACUUUGAAUUGCUGUUGCUUUUUACCACCAAACAAUCAGGAUUGUAGAUGACGCUCUCGAGCUCAUACAGCUUUUAGCUUCCUUUGUUUUUUAGAGCAUGAGUCUUGCUUUUUCUUAAAUCAUCUGACAUCCCCUAGCUGUUUGUGCUGAAGGAUGAAGUAGCCUCUUGCCAAACCAGUUUUUCUCAUGGCUUCCAAAUCUCUUGACUUUCUUUUUUUCUGAAGCCAUGUCUUUUCCUCUGUCCCUUAGCUGCAUCCCCACUGGAAACCAGAGCUGGUUCUGCUGCAGGCUGCACUGGGACUGCAGAAAUGUAGAGAACUUAUGUAUUUACCCUGAUUCAGGUUGUCAUGGUCUCUCCCUUUUUGAUUUUUGUCCUCAUGAAACUGCUGCAGCUUGAACUCUAGGUGUUAAGUCAGUCACUGAGUUUAUUUUAAAGCAGUAAUUCAGGCAGAUUUUUUUUUUUCCAGGGAAACACAUUGAAUUUGAGGCUCCAUUCCUGUCACUGUGAAUGGAAUUAGUGUGGGGUUGCCCUGGAAAAGCUCAGUCUGUCUCGGGAUCAGCUUAGCAGCUGAAGCAAUGUGAAAGGCUUGUAGGAAGGUGAGAUUGUGCAGGGCAUGUUAUUUUUGAGCGUCUUGUGGUGGAGUGUCCCAGCAAGUGCUGGGGAAGCGGCUGCCUAUGGCAGGGGUCAGGCUUUGCUCCUUAAGGGACCGUAUAACUGAAGGAAAUACCAAGUAGGUGAUACAGAAGGGAUCUCCUGCCAAACUGGGGCUUGAAGAGUUUGGACAUUGAGGGUUUGGAGUGAGAAGGAUUUAGGCUCGUAGCUAUACCAGCCUCACAGCUUGCCUGUCUCAGCGUUGUGGCUCGCAGGUACAGCUCGGCAGCUGGCAACAGCAGGAGCAUGAGAAGUGGAAGUGAAGUGAGGAGCGUUGGUGCACGUGCAGCCCGCUUGGAAGGGGCUACUUUUGCCUUGUUCCUUAGAACACCAGAGCUGCCGGGUCUGUAGCAGGGCAGGAUUCUGCCUUGUAAAGUGCUGCCUUCUAGGUGGUAGUCUGGUUGUGACUUGCUGUGCAGAAGCACGGACUCCCUGUUCUUCAGAGGGUGAGCCAUGUCUUCCGGUGGGGUUUGCACAUACUUAAGCUAAAGUCCUUGCACUAUGACACAAAAACAGCUCCUGGUAUCUCUUUCUGCAGCGUGUCUAGCUGCAUGAGGCGUCUUCUACCUCUCCUAGCACAAACAGUAUGCAACUGGCCAAAGCAAACAUACACUGUCUUUGCUGGGGAGCAGGACAGGGUGUCUGAAGCUGAUUAUGUAACCUAUAUGUGGGUUUAUAAUAGGCUCUCUUUUGCACCUUUGAUUUAGAAAGGGAAAAUAACCCCAGAAGCUCUACUAAUAGCUGGAGAAAGUAGUGAAUCUGCUCGAUCGCAUCUGCAUGGUCGGUGUGGGUGAGGUGGUGGGUGCUGUUUCCCACCAGCACAACUGUGCACUGGGCAUGGGUUUGGGUGUUUGUGGUGGAGACUGUGAUAAGCAUCAGGACUUUUCUGCAGUGGCCAUUGCAAACUGGGAGGCAGUAGACCGGGCAACCGACUGUCUGGGAGAUGCCAGUGCAAAUAUGAACUCGUGACUCCAAGUAUCACCCCACUGCCCUUCCUGGAUGUAACCUACCUAUGUAACACAAAGGCCUGCAUAGCUUAUGAAGCAGGCCUGCACUUAUGCAGUCAGAUUUAGUCUUAAGCUUCACAUAGUUAAGGCAAUUAGGGAACAAGGAAGUCACUACAGGAAGAGGAAAAAAAAAAACAAAAACAAAAAAACAAACAAAAACGGAGGAUUCUGAAACCAGAACAGGAAUAUUGGAUUAUAAAACAAGUCAAUCUUGUGAUUGUCUAAAGCCUGCAGAAAAAGCUUACUGCUAGAUGGAUAUAACUCUAAACAAAGUGAACCAGCCACAAGCUAGUGUCAAUUAGUGGGAGCAGGAAUUGAGAAAAGGUGUUUAUUUUGUGGUUUGGUGUGGGAUUUCUUCCACUGCUUUGGGCUACCUCCUUUGGGGGAAUGGCACAUGUGCAGCUGCUUAGUUUGCCAGAUCCAUGUCUCUUGUCCCUAACGCACACAAAGCAAUUGGCAAGAACAUAAAGAUAUGUAGUGGCAAGAGAUGAAGGCAUUUCAUCCAAAAGCAAAACAUCUGUGAGGGGCAGAGCUGAAUAAGGAUAGUCUUGUGCUUAGAAGCUGCUGGCCCUUUUGACUCUGCCUUGUUUGUGUUGAUAUAUGGGUGGAGAAAAUGAUGCAACUAUUUUUUUAUCCCUUCUUCCUGGACUGGUAAAACUACUGAGUGAUUAUGUAAACCACUAAACUAUGAAGCAAAAUCCUCUUGGCAACAGAGUACGCUAAGAAAUUGCAGCUUGGCACCCUUAUCCCCUGGAUCCUCCUCAGUUCUCCUUUUGCAUCAGAACUGAGUGGGCUGGUGCCACUGUCUCCCAGUGCUCUGAUCUAGAAGGCUUGCUGGUUCUAGUCCAUGCAUUUCAAGAGACUAACCACUGUACCUGGUAAAAGGCCUGAGUUUCAUUUUGUAGUUCACCUCAUCUGUCCUUUAGGUUAUUAUAUUAACCUCCCAAAGAGAAGUUUUUGUAUGCUUCAAACUGUAACCACAAACCAGAGCCUGGCUUUAAAUAUAAAGGUCUAACUCUUCAGGGAGGAAAUUCCUGUUUUCCCUAUGCUAAUUUGCAGGGUGUGAACGGAUCCUGGGAAAGCACCACUCUAUAUUAACUCUUCAUUUGCCUGUGUUUAUGCCCCAAGUGAUGCAGUGGCUGUUGUGUGAUAGCUUGUUGGCUUUACAGAUUUAAGCUCUCAUAAAGGAACUGCAGAUCUGUCAAAAAUACCUCAAACUACCCCCCUCUUCCUUGAAGAGAAGCUUCAUGCAUUUGCUUGAAAUUCUUGCUGCUCAUUUAUCACAGAUUGCAAAGAAUUAAGAAAGUAGGGAAGAUCUUGCCUUCUGAUGCAGAGAAGGGGCUGUGGCUGCUUUUGAAGAAUAGCUUUUUGUUACUCAGUGUCUGCCUUAUCUAGAUCAGACCUCGCUCUUUAAAAUCCCUGGAAACCUCGCGAUAGGCUCUGAAUUGGACAUGGAGGGGUUUAUUGUGAUGGUGCUAACUGGAAUUCUUCAAAUCUUUGUUCUGUGUGUACCUCGUGGCAUGCACUAUCUUCUGCGUAGCAGUUGCUGAUUAACUUAUAUUUGCCAAGUUCAUAGGAACAAGGUAAUCAUGUAUAGCAGUCAGUCCCUUCUUUGGCAAAUCGUGUGGCUGGGCAGCCCAGCGGGUAGUUGCCAGGGCCUGCCUCCUCUCCAGUGCAUGGUGGCUGAGAGGUCAGGCUCCUGGACCUCUGUUCAUCAUUAAGUCCAUGUCCAAUUGUCCUUACAGCAUUCACUUGAGCUCUGCAGGAGUCCCAGCCCUUGCCAUUUCCACUCUUCCACAUUAAAGGUUCAGGAAUCCACUUUUUUUUUUUUUUUUCCUCCUUCCUGUGAUACUACUUGCUGCUUUUAAUGCUAAUGGUUGAACUUCUGUCUCUAACCAGCCCCAAACCUGUACAACACUGUAGAGUUUUUAUGUUGUGUACAACAGUCUGUAUCUAUGGCAUGCUCUGUAAGCCACAAUUUGUGUGUGGUAUGUUGGGUUGGUUUGCUGCCUGCCCUACUGCUAAUACUGAUUUCAAGCUGAUUUUCAAGGGGUAGAAAACACUUCUGACCACUACCUAUAGGACCUAGGAAUUGUUUUCUCGUAACUUCUUGGAGGGCUGUGUACCUGCAACAGUCAGACCAGAGAAUAAAAGAAUCUGCCGUCUGCCAGCACUGGGGUGUCCCUAGUACUAGAUGGCAUAUUCCCCAGUGGUUUUGUCCAUUUAAAAAAAUUAAUCUAGUAAUUCACGCCUUCCUCUGAGAGAAGAGGGAGAGAUACCUAAAGCUCUGUGUGUGUGUGUGUUUCCCUGAGGGGUCCAUUUCAGCUAAACAGGUGCUAGGUGUGGUGGGUGGCAGGGCUGAGCGUUGCCAGAGGGCCUCGCCAACAGAUUUCUCAAGCUUUAUUUCCAUCUUCCCCUCAAAUCAAGGAGAGAAGGGACCUGGCUGCCCUGUCAGCCAGCUCAUUUGUGCCAAACACACCCGGAGCCUUUACAGGGGCCCCUGGCCUGCCUGCCCUCCGGGUCCCUGCGGUGUCUGCCUUUCUGAAUGCAGCCGUAGGCGCUCCCCUCGGCACGGGCAGGACGUUGCUCUGUGCUCUGACUCCAUCCAUCUCGCUGCACGUGGAUCCACAUCAGCCCUCCUGCACGGGGAGGGGAAACCUCAGUUCCAAACAGAAGAUUUGGAAAUGUCGCUUUGAAAUAAAUACCUCUUUCUUUGGGGGUUUUCUCUUGCUCUUAAAAACAGCAUCCAGCACAGCUCUUUGAGCUUAAAGGUGUCCUGGGGCUCCGCUGCUGUCACUGAGUUUGAGAAGAUGCUUAAGCACACAACACACGUGGAGAUCCUGUGGAAAUUAUUGGUGUCAGAGCAGCAACCAGACCAGCGAUAGCAUACACAAGUCAUGUAUUUGCACGGCAAUGUCGCUAAGUAGUGUUCACAGUCACUUUGAAAGUUCAGUAUUAAUUUGUUGAUGCAUUUUUUUUUUCCUGUUUUUUUUUUUUUUUUUCUAAUGUUUUGCUGAAGAAAAUGUAACUAUUUAUUUUGGCAGAAAUAUACCUUCUAAUAAAAACUUUCUCAAUAUAUUUACCUGGCUGUGGUAGAUUGCUUGCCUUGCCAUUUAAAGGUUUAUUAAAUAUUUUUUGAACGCA